UUGGACCAGAUGGCUGCAGGCUUGAUACAGAGGUAUCAGAAGGCAGGUGUGGCUCCCCCCAUUGCUUUGUAUGUGGACUGUGGCUGCUGCAAAGAAGGGGGUGAGACAAAACUGAAGAUGCGCUUCAGUGGGUGGCCAGAUCUCAUUGUUCGCCUUGAUAUCUGGCACUUUAUGCGGCGGCUGGCAGUAGGCUGCACCACAGACGCCCAUCAACUGUAUCCCACUUUUAUGGCCCGCAUGUCAGCAUGCAUUUUUGAGUGGGAUGCAGGGGAUGUGGCUCUGCUACGAAGGGCCAAGAAGGAGCAGCUGAUGCAGCAGAACUGGCCUGCACUUUCUGAGAGGGAGCUGGACCGCCACAUAACCAAGGCAGAGCUGGCCUUGCACUGUAGGAGGAGGACCAGAGGAGAGGCAAAAACUAUUCUCCUCCUUGAUCAGCUUCUGUGGGAGCUCAUGAGUGACAAGGGGAAGGAUGCACUCGGUGUUCCCCUGUUUAACAUCCAGAGGAUGCAGCACAUCUGGAAAACCCAGAAGCGGCAUGUGACAUGCAUUCAGGAUCCCCAAGAUGUGUCACUUUACACCGAAACAGGAACUGUGUCGAAGGGAGGUGUCCAACUAAAAAAAUACAGAUGUGCGAGGGGCUCCACAUCCCUGGAAUCCUUCCAUUGCCACCUCGUACGAUUCGUUCCAGGAAACAGCGCCAAUGCUUUGAAUUUUCAAAUUUACCUCCUGGAUGGCCUGCACCGCUGGAACCAGAACCGUGCUGCUGAAGCUAUUGCAACUGAACCAUCUCCGCUGCAUAGUUACACAGGAGAGUUGGUUCAUUGCUUCAACAGCCAGUACGAGCAAGUGUUUGGCAGGAAACUGGAUCCUACCUUUGUGCCACCUGCUAAAUACACAGGGGAGCUGAUUGGUUUGCAGUAUUUGCUGCAGCAAAACAAUGAGCCACUGCAAAACAUGCAGAGCAGUUGCGUGGAGACCUCCGAGCAGCUGGAGGACCUGGAUGUGGAAGAGCAAGGGGAAGAUGAUGAGGGAUUCAUUGAGGAAGUGGGCCAAGAAGCCACUGUGGCAGAACUGGUGGUAUGCGAGGAGGUUCAGCCACCCAGUACCUCUCCUACCCCCAGCACUUCCUUGACAUCCAGCAACUUGUCCCCUAAAGCGCCUCUCCACCCACCAGCAGAGCUCUCUCCUCCAGCUCCUGUUGCUCCUCCAACUCCUGUUGCUCCUCCAACUCUUGUCCCUCCUCCAGCUCCUGUUGCUCCUGCAGCUCCUGUUGCUCCUGCAGCUCCUGUCUCUCCUCCAGCUCUUGUCCCUCCUCCAGCUCCUGUUGCUCCUCCAGCUCCUCCAGCUCCUGUUGCUCCUCCAGCUCCUGAUCCACAUGCCCCUACCCAAGCUGUGGAUGCAAACAGCCUGCCUGGGAUGGAUAGAGUGGAUGCUCUUGCUGAGUACCUGGUGGAGCUCCGCCAUCAGACAGGUCUCACUCUGACCAAUCAGCAGGCCUACACCAUCGUCAGUCUGUGGCAGAAUCUCACAGAUUUUGAUAAGCAGCGGGUGGUGUAUGCAGCUCGACACCAAGAGAGGCUGUUGACUGGUCGCUUCAGAACCCCAAAACAGCAGUCGGGUUUUACCCCUGGAGUGGAUAGCACAAAGAGGUGUGUCAUUGGCUCAAAAGGCUCCCCUGCACAGUGGCCAAGCUGCUGCAGACUCAUUGAGACCAUCUUUGUCAGGCUUUGUGACAUCCAUAGAAGCCCCAAAAAGAAGGAGAAGGAAAGCCUGUCAAGAUGGUCUCUUAUCCUGCAGGACUACAGGAAAAUUAGGCAGCUGCUGCUUGGCAACGGAGUGGUGAUGGAGCAGACUACUCUUCAACCUGUUGAGGUAAAUCAGAACACCGUGAUACAGUGGCACAAUAAACGGCUGAAAAAUCAAGAGGUUGGAGUUCUUUUGAAGGAUGUGCAGCUGCCUGAAGCACGGCCACUGGCACCUGUACCUUUACUGCCUGCCAGACUGCAGCCCCUGUUUCCCGUUCAGCAUCACCAUCCCGAUCAGCUGCAUACAUAUGUGUUGCCAGCUAAUACAGCAGGUCAAGCCAGGAGGAAGAUCCGGCAGGCUCCAGCCACCUUUGUCCAGCCUCCAGCUGCCUUCAUCCAGCCUCCAGCCACCUCCUUUCAGCCUCCAGCUUCCUCCAUCCAGCCUCCAGCCACCUCCUUUCAGCCUCUUGCUGCUUUCAUCCAGCCUCCAGCCACCUCCUUUCAGCCUCAUGCUGCUUUCAUCCAGCCUCCAGCCACCUCCUUUCAGCCUCAUGCUGCUUUCAUCCAGCCUCCAGCCACCUCCUUUCAGCCUCUAGCCCCCUGCAUCCAGCCUCCAGCCACCUCUUUUCAGCAUCCAGCUUCCUCCAUCCAGCCUCCAGCCACCUCCUUUCAGCCUCUAGCCUACUGCAUCCAGCCUCCAGCCACCUCCUUUCAGCCUCCAGCUUCCUCCACCCAGCCUCCAGCCACCUCCUUUCAGCCUCUAGCCUCCUGCAUCCAGCCUCCAGCCACCUCCUUUCAGCCUCCAGCUUCCUCCAGCCAGCCUCCAGCCACCUCCUUUAAGCCUCAUGCUGCCUUCAUCGAGCCUCCAGCCUCCUGCAUCCAGCCUCCUGCAUCCACAUCCAGCCAUCCUCCAGCCACCUCCAUCCAGUUAAUACCGGGGCCCAGGCCCAUUCAACCAAGGCCCAUAGCUGCACAGCGGCAGCUGUUUCCCGCAGCUCAACCUGGACCUGCUGUGCCACCGUUGCCCCCCUGCCCUGCCCCUGGGUCAUCCACCUCCUUGGCCGACAAACCCCAGCAAACUACAAAAAAAAGGAAAUACACACGCACAGCAGUAUCCAAUGUGUGUAAGAAGUGCGGUUCCUUCCGUACACAAGAAACUGGCCACAGCCAGUACAAGGGUAAAAUAUACUGCCCCGAAAGAGAAACUUGUACAAGGGAGGAAUGGCUAGAGGCCAUGCAGAAGGCAGCUUUUGAGCGAAGCCUUAACAUAAAGUUUUAAAAAAAAAAAAGAGUUAAAUGUGUAUAUAUGUAUGUAUGUAUAUGUUGCUUGUUUAAAGAUUUUUUUUAAUGUUAGUUAAUACUUUAUUA